GCGGAGUUUGUGCGCCGACCGCUGACGACAAUGUGCGCUAACGAGUACUUCCCUACUACAAUACUCACUAGGGUAGCUGUUCAACUACUUCACUCAAUGCAUGUGACUGUUCCCUCCCUUGUUGUUAGUUGGAGGGGAUAAUUUUGGAUCCCUCUGUGGGUGAAGUGUAACAGGAGCUACGAAGGGAAAUCCAGACACCAGUAAGUCGUGAUCAUGGUUCAACUUCAACUCGAUGAAACAUGAUUAAGCUGAGGAGGGCAGUGGACAGCUGAGGAGGACUGUGGACAGCUGAGGAGGACAGUGGACAGCUGAGGAGGACAUUGGACAGCUGAGGAGGACAGUGGACAGCUGAGGAGGACAGUGGACAGCUGAGGAGGACAGUGGACAGCUGAGGAGGACAGUGGACAGCUGAGGAGAACAGUGGACAGCUGAGGAGGACAGUGGACAGCUGAGGAGGACAGUGGAGAGGAGGACAGUGGACAGCUGAGGAGAACAGUGGACAGCUGAGGAGGACAGUGGACAGCUGAGGAGGACAGUGGACAGCUGAGGAGGACAGUGGAGAGGAGGGCAGUGGACAGCUGAGGAGAACAGUGGACAGCUGAGGAGGACAGUGGACAGCUGAGGAGGACAGUGGACAGCUGAGGAGGACAGUGGACAGCUGAGGAGGACAGUGGAGAGGAGGACAUUGGACAGCUGAGGAGGACAGUGGACAGCUGAGGGCAGUGGACAGCUGAGGAGGACAGUGGAGAGGAGGGCAGUGGACAGCUGAGGAGGACAGUGGACAGCUGAGGAGGACAGUGGACAGCUGAGGAGGACAGUGGACAGCUGAGGAGGACAGUGGACAGCUGAGGAGGACAGUGGACAGCUGAGGAGGACAGUGGACAGCUGAGGAGGGCUGUGGACAGCUGAGGAGGACAGUGGAGAGGAGGGCAGUGGACAGCUGAGGAGGACAGUGGACAGCUGAGGAGGGCAGUGGACAGCUGAGGAGGGCAGUGGACAGCUGAGGAGGACAGUGGACAGCUGAGGAGGACAGUGGACAGCUGAGGAGGGCAGUGGACAGCUGAGGAGGACAGUGGACAGCUGAGGAGGGCAGUGGACAGCUGAGGAGGACAGUGGACAGCUGAGGAGGACAGUGGACAGGAAUCUCACAGCAAAAAGACAAUGCCUCCAUCUCUUCAUUCAAAGACUCAAUCAUUGUCACUCUUACUUGUGUCUGCUUCGCGUGAUGUAUUGUUGUCUCUACCUUCUUGCCCUUUGUACUGUUGUCUGUGCCCAAUAACGUUUGUGUUUUGUGCUGCUUCCGUGUUGUGUUGCUACCAUGUUGUUGUCAUGUUGUGUUUUCAUGUGUUGCUACCAUGUUGUUUUCAUGUUGUGUUGCUACCAUGCUGUGUUUUCAUGUGUUGCUACCAUGUUGUUGUCAUGUUGUGUUUUCAUGUGUUGCUACCAUGUUGUUGUCAUGUUGUGUUUUCAUGUGUUGCUACCAUGUUGUUGUCAUGUGUUGAUACCAUGUUGUGUUUUCAUGUGUUGCUACCAUGUUGUUGUCAUGUUGUGUUGCUACCAUGCUGUGUUUUCAUGUGUUGCUACCAUGUUGUUGUCAUGUGUUGAUACCAUGUUGUGUUUUCAUGUGUUGCUACCAUGUUGUUGUCAUGUUGUGUUGCUACCAUGCUGUGUUUUCAUGUGUUGCUGCCAUGUUGUUGUCAUGUUGUGUUGAUACCAUGCUGUGUUUUCAUGUGUUGCUACCAUGUUGUUGUCAUGUUGUGUUUUCAUGUGUUGCUACCAUGUUGUUGUCAUGUUGUGUUGCUACCAUGCUGUGUUUUCAUGUGUUGCUACCAUGUUGUUGUCAUGUUGUGUUGCUACCAUGCUGUGUUUUCAUGUGUUGCUACCAUGUUGUUGUCAUGUUGUGUUGCUACCAUGCUGUGUUUUCAUGUGUUGCUACCAUGUUGUUGUCAUGUUGUGUUGCUACCAUGCUGUGUUUUCUUGUGUUGCUACCAUGCUGUGUUUUCAUGUGUUGCUACCAUGUUGUUGUCAUGUUGUGUUUUCAUGUGUUGCUACCAUGUUGUUGUCAUGUGUUGAUACCAUGUUGUUGUCAUGUUGUGUUGCUACCAUGUUGUUGUCAUGUUGUGUUUUCAUGUGUUGCUACCAUGUUGUUUUCAUGUUGUGUUGCUACCAUGUUGUGUUUUCAUGUUGUGUUGCUACCAUGCUGUGUUUUCAUGUGUUGCUACCAUGUUGUUGUCAUGCUGUGUUUUCAUGUGUUGCUGCCAUGUUGUUGUCAUGUUGUGUUUUCAUGUGUUGCUACCAUGUUGUUGUCAUGUUGUGUUGCUACCAUGUUGUUGUCAUGUUGUGUUGCUACCAUGUUGUUGUCAUGUUGUGUUUUCAUGUGUUGCUACCAUGUUGUUGUCAUGUUGUGUUGCUACCAUGCUGUGUUUUCAUGUGUUGCUGCCAUGUUGUUGUCAUGUUGUGUUGAUACCAUGCUGUGUUUUCAUGUGUUGCUACCAUGUUGUUGUCAUGUUGUGUUGAUACCAUGCUGUGUUUUCAUGUGUUGCUACCAUGUUGUUAUGUUGUGGUUUCAUGUGUUGCUACCAUGUUGUUGUCAUGUUGUGUUGCUACCAUGCUGUGUUUUCAUGUGUUGCUACCAUGUUGUUGUCAUGUUGUGUUGAUACCAUGCUGUGUUUUCAUGUGUUGAUACCAUGUUGUUGUCAUGUUGUGUUGAUACCAUGCUGUGUUUUCAUGUGUUGCUACCAUGUUGUUGUCAUGUUGUGUUGAUACCAUGCUGUGUUUUCAUGUGUUGCUACCAUGCUGUGUUUUCAUGUGUUGCUACCAUGUUGUUGUCAUGUUGUGUUGAUACCAUGUUGUGUUUUCAUGUGUUGCUACCAUGUUGUUGUCAUGUUGUGUUGAUACCAUGCUGUGUUUUCAUGUGUUGCUACCAUGUUGUUGUCAUGUUGUGUUGAUACCAUGCUGUGUUUUCAUGUGUUGCUGCCAUGUUAUGUUGUCAUCUUAGGUCUCUCUUUAUGUAGUCUUGUGGUGUCUCUCUUGUCGUGAUGUGUGUUUUGUCCUAUAUUUGAAUAUUAUAUUGUGAAUCCCAGGCCACGUCCCCGCAAGAGCCAUUUUGUCUUCUGGUAGGCAGUCAUUGUAAAUAAGAAUGUGUUCUUAACUGACUUGCCUCGUUAAAUAAUGGUUAAAUAAUGGUUAAAUAAUGGUUAAAUAAAAUAAUAAAUAAUCCAACUGUUGUGCAGCAGGAUCCUGUUUCACCCUUUCAGUUUCACCAGAAACAUACCGAUUUGUUCACCUGGGAUUCUUAUCUCUAUUUUAAAAGUAAAUUGUGUUUGUAAAAUAACAAGGAAAGCUGCUGGAUAUCAUGGUCCUUCUGUAGCUCAGUUGGUAGAGCAUGGCGCUUGUAACGCCAGGGUAGUGGGUUCGAUUCCCGGGACCACCCAUACGUAGAAUGUAUGCACACAUGACUGUAAGUCACUUUGGAUAAAAGCGUCUGCUAAAUGGCAUAUAUUAUUAUCAUUUGAUAAGAUGAGGACAUCACUCAUAUGAGAUUGUCAUCUGCUGGAGAAGAUGAUUUUAAAAAACAAAUGAUUAUGUAGUUAUAAUAUGUAAUGUGUGUGUGUUACCUUUAUUUAUUUAACCAGGCAAGUCAGUUAAGAACACAUUCUUAUUUUCAAUGACAGCCUAGGAACAGUGGGUUAACUGCCUGUUCAGGGGCAGAACAACAGUGUCAGCUCGGGGGUUUGAACUCGCAACCUUCUGGUUACUAGUCCAACGGCUCAAACCACUAGGCUACCCUGCCGCCCCAUGUCAUGUAAAUACCCAUAUAGUGGACUGUAAAAUAAAGCUCUAGGUCUAGCAAUCCCCCCCCCCCCUUCCCAUUUCAAACAGUGACUUCUUGUGUGGUGUUAGCUGACACAGUGUCACAUGGUUUAACUAGUUGGCCUGGUCUGGUCACAUGGCAUUAACCAGUUUCACAUGUCCCCUCAUAGCUGUGGCAUAGAGUCAUUCGUUACCUUAGACACAGAAUGGAGACUCGCCCUGGUUGACACCACAGAUGCAUUACAUGGCAUUUACUUAUGUUACUAUGAGAGGGGGCUGCUCACAAUAUACCUCUUGUUUAGUUUGGGUGAGUCUGUAGGAGCUGGGUGAUGUGGGCCAAAAGAGUAUCAGUUACCCCUCUAAAGUCUGUUUAAGAAAACAAGGGUUUUCCGCCCAACUGAACACCUCUCCUUGACACUGUCACUCUUUUUUU